AUGGCAUUCGAUAAUCGUGGAGCUCGUGGAGGACGUGGAGGUUUCCGUGGUGGCAGCCGUGGCGGUGGCCGUGGUGGUGCUCGUGGCGGCUUUGGUGGUGGCCGUGGUGGACGUGGUGCUGCUCGUGGUGGCAUUGGCAAACCUGCUGGUCGUGGUGGCCGUGGUGGCCGUGGUGGUGCUCGUGGUGGUGCUCGUGGUGGCCGUGGUGGUGCCAAGGGCGGUGCCAAGGGUGGUAACAAGGUUAUCAUUGAACCCCAUCGUCAUGAAGGUAUCUUCAUUGCUCGUGGUAAAGAAGACUUGCUCGUUACCAAGAACCUUGUCCCUGGUGAAUCUGUCUAUGGUGAGAAGCGUGUUUCUGUGGAUGGUCCCGAAGGUACCAAGAUCGAAUAUCGUGUGUGGAAUCCUUUCCGAUCCAAGUUAGCUGCUGCUGUUCUUGGUGGUGUUGAUCACGUCCAUAUUGCUCCUGGAAAGAAAGUCUUGUAUUUGGGUGCUGCUUCUGGUACUUCGGUGUCUCACGUUGCUGAUAUCGUUGGUGCUGAAGGUGCUGUUUACGCUGUUGAGUUCUCUCAUCGAUCAGGCCGUGAUCUUAUCAACAUGGCAAAGAAGCGCACCAAUGUCUUGCCUAUCAUUGAAGAUGCCCGUCAUCCUCCAAAGUAUCGUAUGCUCGUUCCCAUGGUCGAUGUCAUUUUCGCUGAUGUUGCCCAACCUGAUCAAGCCCGUAUUAUCGCUCUCAAUGCUCAUCACUUUUUGAAGAACAAUGGUCAUAUCGUCAUCUCUAUCAAGGCUUCUUGUAUUGAUUCAACCGUUGAUGCUGCCACUGUGUUUGCUCGUGAAGUCAAGAAGUUGCAAGAAGAACGCAUUAAGCCCCAAGAACAACUCACUCUUGAACCUUAUGAAAGAGAUCACGCUGUCGUUGUCGGUAGAUAUGCACGCAACAAAUAG